AUGCGGUUUCCAAUAUUCGCUCUCGCCUUUGCUGUCUGCAAGGUAGCAACGUUGCCUCUCCAGGACCAAGAUUCCGUAACUACCUUGCGAAUCCUCGACGGGCCCGUCCCGGCUAGCGACGAUAGCUCGUUAUCGGGGCCUCAUGAGCCACUCAACAAAAAUGCUGAGAACAUGCAUACCACAAAAUCGAUUCAUAAGCAUACAUCCCACCUCACAGCACACGGGCACAUGCCCAGAUGCGUCAAUGCCAUCAUACCGAGCGGAGGCGCCGAGACGUUAGCGGAUGGUAAAUCAACAGCUGCGGGAGUCGGGGACAUUUCUACUGCCGCGCUCGCCAUAGCCAUCGCGGCUCUAGUCAUCUAG